GACGCCUGUCAUAACAGCGAGCGGCAGGCUGCCAGGCGUCCACAAUGAUGUCCAUAAGUAAGAGCAGACUUAUAGCGAGAGCUUGGAUAGCUCGACCCACUUCAAGCUCGUCGCGCCAAAUCUACCUCGCUGCCCCAUCAGCCAGUUCCUCUUCCGCCUCUCGCCCGACUAUCGGUUCUCGCGCUUUCUCCGAUACGUCUUCACGGAGAGCUGGAGCUCUAUCGGGCGAACACGUCGAGAAGCGUAUGGAGGAAAAGCUGAGAAAGGAAUUUAAUCCUACUCGGUUGGGGAUACAAGAUACAUCAGGAGGAUGCGGAUCAUUCUUCAACAUUGAUAUUGAGUCUGAAAAGUUUGUCGGCAUGACCAAAGUGAAACAACACAAAGCCGUCCAGAACGCUAUUAAAGAGGAGAUUGAGGGGAUGCAUGGGGUCUCACUACGGACGUCUCCACCAGGCGAGUAGAUCGGACAGCGAUAUAGCAGG